GCUGCGGGACUCAGUGAUUCUGAGCAGGGGCGGGAGCUCUUCCCGCCCCUCCUGCAACCAGGUAUCCACAGGGUCCGCCUGCCCCCUCGCGGGCCUUGAGGGGCCGCUCUCCCCCGCAGACCCGACCAAGGCGCGGGCCUCACCGCGCAGGACCGAGAUCCGACGCGCGCUCCGAGCCGCCCCAGCGGCGCCGCGCUCCGGGCCACAAGUUUGCCCCGCACGGGCCAAGUUGCGAGGGGGGAGCCUCUCCGGGCUCCGGGAGAACGUCUGUGCUUCUCGAUCGGGCAGGUCCGGGCAUGGCUGGGCCGGGAGCAUCGCCCCACGUCUGGGGGUGGCUGAUGCUCGGCGGCUGCCUUCUCGCCGGAGCCCAGCUGGAUUCUGAUGGCACUAUUACGAUAGAGGAACAGAUUGUCCUUGUGCUGAAAGCUAAAGUACAGUGUGAGCUCAACAUCACAGCUCAGCUUCAGGAAGGAGAGGGAAAUUGUUUCCCAGAAUGGGAUGGACUCAUUUGUUGGCCCAGAGGAACAGUGGGGAAAAUACUGGCUGUCCCAUGCCCUCCUUAUAUUUAUGACUUCAAUCAUAAAGGAGUUGCUUUUCGACACUGUAACCCCAAUGGAACGUGGGAUUUUAUGUACAGUUUAAAUAAAACAUGGUCUAAUUAUUCAGACUGCCUUCGCUUUAUGCAGCCAGAUAUCAGCAUAGGAAAGCAAGAAUUCUUUGAACGCCUCUAUGUCAUGUACACAAUUGGAUAUUCUGUCUCCUUCGGUUCCUUGGCUGUGGCUAUUCUCAUCAUUGGCUACUUCAGACGAUUACAUUGCACAAGGAACUAUAUCCACAUGCACUUGUUUGUGUCUUUCAUGCUGAGAGCUGUAAGCAUCUUUGUCAAGGACAAAGUGGUCCAUGCUCAUAUAGGAGUCAAGGAGCUGCAGUCCCUGUUGUUGCAGGAUGACCUACAAAGUUCCAUAGAAAUGCCUUCUGUGGACAAAUCACAAUAUAUUGGGUGCAAGAUUGCUGUUGUUAUGUUCAUUUACUUCUUGGCUACAAAUUACUAUUGGAUCUUGGUGGAAGGUCUCUACCUGCAUAGUCUAAUCUUUGUGGCAUUCUUUUCGGACACCAAAUACCUGUGGGGCUUCAUCUUGAUAGGCUGGGGGUUCCCAGCAGCAUUUGCUGUGGCCUGGGCUGUGGCACGAGCAACUCUGGCUGAUGCAAGAUGCUGGGAACUUAGUUCUGGAAACAUCAAGUGGAUUUACCAAGCCCCAAUCUUAGCAGCUAUUGGGCUCAAUUUUAUUCUGUUUCUGAAUACUGUUAGAGUUCUGGCUGCCAAAAUCUGGGAGACCAAUGCAGUUGGGCAUGACACAAGAAAACAAUACAGGAAACUCGCCAAAUCAACCCUGGUCCUUGUGCUGGUCUUUGGAGUGCACUACGUCGUGUUCCUGUGCCUGCCCCACUCCUUCACGGGGCUGGGCUGGGAGGUCCGGAUGCACUGUGAGCUCUUCUUCAACUCCUUUCAGGGAUUCUUUGUGUCUAUCAUCUACUGCUACUGCAAUGGAGAGGUUCAGUCUGAGGUGAAGAAGUUGUGGAGUCGGUGGAACCUCUCCAUCGACUGGAAAAGGACGCCCCCCUGCGGCGGCCACAGGUACGGCUCCGUGCUCACCACGUUGACCCACAGCACCAGCAGCCAGUCGCAGGGGGCGGCCAGCACCCGCCUGGUGCUCAUCUCCGCCAAAACCCCCAGGACAGCCGGCCGCCAGCCCGACAGCCACGUGACUUUACCCGGCUACGUCUGGAGUAGCUCGGAGCAGGACUGCCAGCCACACUUGAUCCAUGAGGAGACCCAGGAAGGGAACGUGAGGCUGCGAGAGGAGAUUCCAAUGGUGGAGUCCCCCCGGCCACUGGAAUUUAACCCAGACCCGGAAGGAAGCAGAGGAGAAACAGAGGACGUUCUCUGAGUCAACACCUGCGACUUCCAAGAGCGGAUUCUUCUGGUUGUGUUAGAGUUUGGUUGGCAUUCCUCUGUGUGAGCCGCGGAACUGAAAAUCGAGGGUUCAAAGUGUUACUUCCCAGAAGUUUUCAGGUUGCAUGAUUGGAUUCUAUAAAUAGUAAGGACCCAGAAGGAGAGGUGUCAGUGGAGUAGUUUAUUACCUUAUUUUGGCAUUAAUUUCUCUUCUAAAUUGUUGGUGUGGUACGUGCUCUGUGAUUGUUCAUUUUUUCCUGCUACUUUUGGGUAGAAAGCCAUUUCAAUUACGUGGCUCUAGUUUUCUCAUAAAAAUAUCACUCUAAGUAUGAUAGAGAUCAUUCCAUAUGUGUCAUUUCCCUUUUAAGAAAUCAACAUUCUCUUUUCCUCAUUUUAAUGCACUUCUACAAUUUCAUUCCUUUUGCCUGUGCAUAGGAGCAAUUAGCAUCUGAAAACAUACCUUGAACGAUGAAAGAGCUAAGCACAAGCACACACUGGAAAAAAAAAGGAGGCUGGGCUUUGAUAAGAUAAUAAAUUUGUGAAAUAUGUUUAUUUCUAGAAACAAGGAAAAUUAUCAAGAUAGUAUUGCACCUAUUCCUUCUUUUGAAUGUCUCCUCUGUGACCAGCCAAAUCUCAGGUCUUCGCUCCUGAAAACCUUGACAUGCCACCCGGUUUUCUCUGUCAGUGAGCUUGUGUCUGCAAACUGAUUCUGUUUGUAAUCAUUUGUAGUGAUAGGCACACUGCAUCUGUGCCUUUUUCUUCUUUGUUCUAUUAU